GAACGAUAUCGGCGGACGCUGGAGGGCCUUACCGAGAGAGAGCAACGCUCAGCAGGAGGUCUGUGGCGGGGUGUCGGGGGGCCGGUUGCUCUGUCCGCGUGAGGCAAGUGGGUCCCGGCCGGAGUGCAAAGCCUUUGUUCUUUGGGGUUGCGCGUGAGAGUGGUGGCACCGCUCCUGUCCUGCUGCGAGCUGUAAGAUCAGCAGCCAGCAGCCGACAAGAUGAACAUCUUCCGGCUGGCCGGCGACAUGUCGCACACCGCCAGCAUCUUGAUGCUGCUGCUCAAGCUGAGGGCGUCAAAGAGCGCCGCAGGGAUCUCGCUGAAGACGCAGGAGCUUUUUCUCGUAGUGUUCUUGACCCGAUAUGUUGACCUCUUCUUCAGGUUCAUUAGCUGCAUCAUGAAGGUGCUCUACAUCACUCUCACCAGCCUCAUCAUCUACAUGAUUCGAGAGCACGUUCCCACCAAGGCGACCUACGACAAGUCGCAGGAUUCGUUCCUACACUGGCAGUUUGCGGUGGCACCAUGCGCGGUGCUGGCGCUGCUUAUCCAUUCCUGGAGCUGGUGGACUGAAUCGAAGCCGUCCUUCUCCUUCAUCAAUUACUUUUGGACAUUUUCGGAGGUGCUGGAACCAUUCGCGAUUGUCCCUCAGCUCAUGGUUCUGCAGCGGUACAGAGAGGUGGAGAACUUAACAGGGCACUACGUCUUCCUGUUGGGGGCCUAUAGGUCACUCUACCUUGUCAACUGGGUGUACCGUGCCCACUACGAGGACGGGUACCAGCACAACGUCUUGGUGUACAUUGCCGGCCUUGUUCAGUCCCUGCUCUACGCAGACUUCUUCUACUACUAUGCCAUCAGCAAAUAUUACGGCGGCCGCAUGUCUCUGCCGGCUUGAUCUUGGUCAACCAUUGGAGCGGGAUUUUUGUCAAGCUGACACUGCGACAACAACGGCGACCACAGCGAAGCGUCCUCGACAGGACGAGCGCGAAGCCCGGCUUUUUCUCAAGCGGACACAAGACCUUUUGUAGUGCGCAGGGCUGCUGUGGCCAGAGUACCCGAAACGUCGGCCGAGGCGGGUGGCACCCCUGCCCCGCUCGGGUUUCCGUUCAGUCGUUGGUUGCGCCUGUUUCUAGGCGAAGCGUUCUCGUGUGCACCACGACUGCGCUCAUGCUAGCCUUUUUCGCUUCCUCCCUUCUCCCCCUCACUCCCCCAGCGGUUGAUGGUGAGGAUAAUUUUGUCGAUAGAAGCUCCUCCGACAUGGGUUAGUACUGCUUCUCGCCAAGGUGUGUCAAGGCAUCAAGAGGGGGGCGAGGGAGACGUGUAAAGUGGUGA